GCCCAAAGUUGACGACAGUUUAAUCUGUAGCUUCGAUUGACAGAAGUUGAUCUAAGAAAGACCGAUUUCUUAAUAGAAUAUUUUCAACUCUGCCAGGGGUUUUCGAUCGAGACGUUCCCAUGAGACGGAAUUUUGAGUGAUGCAUCACUUUGAAGAAUGAUCGAGAUUCUCAGCCGGACGCCACACCGAGAAGUUCCUCGGAGCUCCCCGGGUUAUGUGGAUCCGAGUCACGAGUUGAGGCAUGAAAGAGAAAGAGGAAAGAAAGAUGUGCACAAAAAAAGGGGGGGAGGGGCUGCUGCUGCUAAGGUGUCGCAGGCAUGCAAAGAAGGAAGUGAUGACAAACCUAGAGGGUCGAGAGAAAGAGAGCGAAAGAGAACGGGUUUUGCAGAGCACGUAAGAAAAGAAUGAAGAUCAAGACGACAAGGUAAUAGCGGAGAUGUUAAGAACCUGACAGGUGAGUGGGCGGAGCUAGCUCAGAUCAACUCUGGAAGAGAAGUAAGAGCAUGUGGAGCAAACAGAAAAUGCAAAAUGCGACAGUGAAAGAAGACAUGGACGUGUCAGCGUUCUAAUGUGUGUUUCCUGUCCUGACAGCUAGCAGCAGUAAGUAUCGGGAAGUGUUAGAGAGCAGCGAGCGGUGGGCAUAUGGUGCUGUACUGACUGCUUCAUCUACAGUGCACAUGGCGGACGGGGCCGGUCAGCGGAACAGAGACGGGUUUGAUCCUGAAUCCGGAUCACGACCGUCGGAAAACACCCGAGUCCGUAGAACAAGCAGCGGAACGUCCACAUGGACAAAUGGUCAGAGUGUAGUGGCCAUAACAACACCCUCUAUAUUAACACCAAGCUUCGACCUGGAACUUUGCUUGACAAAGCUGGAGGAAGAAGGCUUCCACAUCCCUGCUGAGGACUUUGAGACUCCUCUCAGGACAGCGCUGGAACAUCCUUCCAUCAAAAGAUACCUGUUCUUCAACUCGUCUCUGUUUCAUUUCAUCCUGGCCCCAAUUAUGUAUGUGGUGCUGUGGUGUGCCCUGUACUCCAGUCUGCACCUUUACCUCAAUGAGAGCAUCAUGAAACUCUGGGUUCUCUGUCUGUGUGUGAGCAUCGUCGUCCUCGUCAUCACCGCCGUCAUCAUCCUCGUCUUCCACUACAGCAACAAAGAGAUCAACGUGAAUAUCGACGUGCGUCUGGUGCAAGUCAACGAGCGGCUCAUCGGGUACGGUCUGCUCCUGGGGGUAGCGGACUGGAUUGAAAAGUGCACUGGGAAAAUGCAGCUUUGUUGUGUGUUCUGGGACUUAGGUCCAUGCCUGCGAACCCUGACUGAAACUUUAGAGGAGCUGGACUUGGUCAGAGAUGAGAUAAAGAACAAACUGAAGAAAAGAAUGUCCCACCUCAUCGUAGUGGCUGAAUUCCCACUCCCUGAGCCGGACGCUGGAGAGAUCAGCGAGGAUCCUGAUGAAGCGUACCCCCUGCUUGGACCGGGCAGAGAGAGUCGCUCUCCACACAAGAAAAGAGAAGAAGUUACACUGACCCAAACAUUUAGUCUGUUACCGGACUUUACCCUCUCAUAUCAGGACAUUGCGAACCAGCUUUUGAUGAUCUACAGUGCCGUCUACGUGAAGCUGCUUGUAUCAGAGAGGCUUCCCAGUUCCCCGUGUGGACCUCUAGAUUCAGAGAGGAAUCACUGCACAAUGGCAUCACUUUGUCUUUGUCAAUAUGUACAAUACAAACUCCUUCAGUAGAGAGAUUAGAACUGGGAAAGACUGUCCAAAAUACAUUUCUGUAGCAGUUCUCAAUGUGAACAAACCUGGGCAUGCUGUUCUAGAAAUGUUCUUUAAAUUAUUUGUUAAGCUGCUUUGUGAAAUAUAUAUUUCUUCAUUUAAA